AGACUGUUUGAUAAAGUGUUACAUAACUAUUGAAUGACAAUGAAUGGUAAGUUGCAAAAUGGAUUUGCAAUGCAUUCGGGUGCUUUUGUACUGGAAACGCACUCCGCAUCAGACGUAGCGCACACUCUGAUAGACAGCGGCCGUCAAAAAGAACCAUUCUACGUGUUCGACAUGGACGAAGCACACCGACGUAUUCAACAUUUCAAAUCACAGAUGCCGAGAGUCCAAAUAUUUUACGCAAUGAAGGCGAAUGACUCUGAAUACAUAUUGAAACUAGCUAUUACAUCUGGACUCGGCUUUGACUGCGCGUCGCCUGGUGAGAUUUACAAAUUGAGACAGCUUAACGUCAACCCUAAGAGCAUAAUAUAUGCAAUGCCAUCAAAAACAGCUGAACAAAUGAUGUAUGCGCGUGACUCUGGGGUACUUCAUACUACUUUUGACUCUUCCUAUGAACUAAAGAAGAUAAAACAAUAUUGGCCCGAUGCCAGAUUGUUAGUACGAAUUCGUGUGGAGGGAAAAAGUGUAUACAACUUGGGAGACAAAUUCGGUUGCGGUCACGAUACUGAAGCUAUCAAACUUCUAGACGAAGCGGCUGCUCUUAGUCUCAAGGUAGUGGGAGUAGCCUUCCAUGUAGGUAGUGGAUGUUCAUCAAUCGACAGCCAUGAGAAUGGUCUACGCUAUGCAAAAGCUUUGUUUGAACAUGAAGCGAGAGCGGGCAGGCAGAUGAAGAUAGUGGAUAUUGGGGGUGGGUUUCUUAGCGAUAGAACUGACAGAAUUGACCAGGUGGCGAAUAUAAUUAAUAAAGCACUUGAAGAAUAUUUUCCUGAUAAAUCAGUACAAGUGAUAGCAGAACCGGGAAGAUACAUUUGUGAUUCUUCGUACAGUCUUUAUUGCAGUAUUAACAACGUGAGACAGGUAAUAAAGGAUAAAGAGGUUGUGAAUAUGAUUUAUCUUAAUGACGGACUCUACGGGACGCUGAGGUACAAUGAAUCAUGGCAUAAAGUGAAAAGAUAUCGCGUAUCUACAGAUGAAGAGAGUUUAGAAAAGGCAAUUCUCUGGGGGCCGAGUUGUGACUCCACGGAUCGCAUUAUGGAGAACUUCACCAUACUUUUACCACAAUGUACUCCGAGCGAUUGGCUCGUACUACCAAUCCAAGGCGCGUAUUCAUUUGGAUUUGCUACUAACUUCUCUUGUUUACCAACACCAAGAACAAGAAUUGUAAUUAGUACUGAACUUUGGUACAAACUGAAAGAAAGCAAGGUUUUCAAGGCGUCUGAUUUUGUAGUGAACCCAGAUAUCAACGAGCCACUUCUAACUACAAUACCAAAAGUUAUUACAGAAAACAUUACGACAGAUGUUAAGAGUCCGUUUUUAUUAGCUUAAAU